AACCACCUCUGCUGACGCGAAAGCCAAUUCAGCUACUCUCCAAACAGAACUUCACGUUUCCGCCUACUUUGGACGUCUUUUAAGCCACCAAAAAAAGAUCUACCAUGUUUUUUGAGGGAAACGGAAACAACGAUAUGGACGUCGGUGGUUCCACUACUCACAACAGGCACCAAGUAUCCAUAGACCCUGGCACCUACUUCGUAACCAGGAUCUUACUCAAGGCCCUGAUCGUAGGACUGGCCAUACUUAUCGGAACUGGAGCGUACAAGCUGUGGCAGUGGUGCCGUUCUAAGGCGAAAAAGCAAGCUGAAACAGAAGAAGAAAAAUCCGAAGACCAAACGGGAAACGUCCAGGUCUACAUCGAUGAUGAUGACGACGAUGAUAAUGAAGAUGAUGAUGAUGAUGACGAUGAUGAUGAUGACGUCACAACAGAUGACGUCACAGCAGAUGACGUGAUGCUUGUUCCUCGCCAGUCAAGCGCCGGGCAUGCGCAGCGGCAGGAACUCCAGCCGUUAGCUUGAGCAAGGCUUGCAUGGUGAACGACGGCGAGACCGAGGGAAAAUUCAGCUCCUCCCUACUACAACCCUGUAGACAACAGCUAACUUGAAAAACCAAAACUUGUUUGUUUGUUUGUUUGUUUGUUUGAGCCGUUGUUUAUGCUUAAAUCAGCCUACACAUUUGUAUACGAAUUCACAGAGUUUUUCUAAUACAACAUAGUUAACUGAAUACAAUAUUUGUAUGAAUAUAUCAUCCUUUGUUAGGUGUGCCCAUUUUUGUUCUAACUUUAUUUCAGAAACAAAGGUAGAUCGUAGAUCGCUGUACAGUGGACACUCAACAAUAAAGUGGACGUCAUUUUCUACUACAUGUAUUUAUAUAUUGAAUAUCACUGAAUAUCACUUGUUUAAUUGCCGUUAGUGCCAUCGGUAUAAGGGUGUUCAAAGUAAUUAAAAAAGAUACAGGUUACACGAUAGUUCAGCCAAGACUAUAAUAGGAUCAAACUAUAUAUUUGUGUAAUAUACAGGUAUAGAAUUUCCCAAUAUAGACCAUGUUUGUAUAUUGUACACAGUCUGUUUCCUAUAUAGUAAUAUAAUAGUAUGUGCAAACUGAAAAGGUUUUACUAUCAUUGUAGUAUUCAACUGUGAUAGGUUGUCUGUUAAACUUGGCAAUAUAACGUUAACAUUUACAGUUACUAGUGGUUAACGUUACAGCAUUCAGUCACAAUACAACAAUCCAUAC